UGCCGAUGACUUCACGCAGCUCCUGAAACAGGGGAGCUAAUAUGUCGAUGGAAGAUCCCUUUUUCGUGGUUAAAGGGGAGGUGCAAAAGGCUCUUUCCAAAGCACAGGGGCUGUUUGAGCGCUGGGAGGAACUGCUCCAGGAGGAAACACCCGUCAGCCAUGAUGAGCUGGACUGGAGUACCAAUGAACUCCGAAACUGCAUAAGGGCCAUCGACUGGGACCUGGAGGACCUGCAUGAAACCAUUAGUAUUGUGGAGGCAAACCCUGGGAAGUUCCGUUUAGGAGAGCAUGAACUUCAGGAGAGGCGAGAGUUUGUGGAGCGAACACGGAAAUCUGUGCAGCUCAUGAAAGAGCAUCUGGCGAGUCCCUCGACUGUGGCUCAAGCAGAGAAGAAAAACAAACAGGCUUUGCUGGGAACCACAUUGCUGGGAAAUGAUCGGCAUGCCGGUCUGGAGCCUCAUCUGGUGUCCGCAAACUCCAGAUAUAUUCAGGAGCAACAGGAACAGCAGCAGCUGAUCAUGCAGGACCAGGAUGAGCAGUUGGAACUGGUGUCAGGCAGCAUCCGUGUCCUGAAGGACAUGUCUAACAGGAUAGGAGACGAGCUGGACGACCAGGCAGUCAUGCUUGGUGAGUUUAGCGAGGAGAUGGACCAGACCGGUUCUAGAAUGGACUCUGUGUUGAAGAAAAUGGAGAAGGUUUCACACAUGACCAGCAGUCGGAGACAGUGGUGUGCUAUCGGAGUUCUUGUAAUCAUAUUGAUCGUGGUGCUCAUCAUGUUUUUUGCCAUUUAAAUCAGACUUUUCUCCGAUUUGGACUUCCAUCGUGUCUUAUUGAGGAAGACAACAGUGACUCUUCAACAUCAGCUUCCAUUCUCUUUGUGGGAAAUAGAUCGGCCAUUUUUGUAGUCCUUCAAGGGUCUUUGUGUCAUCAUCUGACCCAAAUGUCUAUUUUCUCACUGCUUCUGAAUCGGGCUCAUUGCAAAGUCUAUGUCAGAGCUUCGCCGAGGCUGAGAUGGAAGUUAACUGUUAUUAUAUUUUUAUUGGGGGUAAAAUACCCUUUUUAUUUGUAUUGUGGUACAGAGUGGUGUUGAGGAAAUUAAUAUUGCCUAUUAACUAUAUUUUUUUAUUUUUAUUUUAAAGCUGCACUAUGUAAGAUGGUUCAAAAUGAACACAUUGUCAUUAUUGAUUGAGUACAUAAACGGUGUUUGUUGUUUUAUGAAUCAAACAUUACUCGAUCGCUAUCCGUUGUCACGGGAAGUUACUGCGCAUGUUUACUAUGACUUCUGAAAUGAACUUCUUGUACAUAUUAUUUCAUGUUUAAUAAAGUAUAUUUUAU